AUGAGUUCACCCGCAAACCAACCCGGGCCUCUGACCCCUCCAGCAGAACCGGCAACACAGCAGACUCAAGCCACGCAGCCCUCACAGCCGACAGCACAGCCACAAGUCGAAGCUCUCCUCUCUCAACCUCUCACCUCCCUGUCUGACAAUGGCAGUUCUAGAAGACCACGAGAUCAUCGUCUGAUACAUCUCUUACUUGUGUCGCAUGGCAUUGCCGCUUAUCAGCAACGGGUUCCUUUGCAACUCAUGGACUUCGCAUACCGGUAUACAAGCACUGUUUUGACGGACGCGCUGUAUAUUCAAACCGAGGCAUACGAUCAAGCCGACGGCGGUACCCAGACUAAAGGUCGUGGCGCAAAACAUAAUCAAAAGCAGUCGGAAGAAGGCGAUAUUAGCAUAGCCGCUCUACGCAUGGCCAUUGGUUCCAAAGUCGGUCAUCAAUUCCAAGGCAGUUUGCCAAAGGAGUUUCUCAAAACCCUCGCUGACGAGCGCAAUCGAAUAUCACUCACUUCACAAGCGAGGGAGGGAGACAAGGGUGGCCCAAUGGUUGGUGGGCUCAAACUUCCGAUGGAGAAAUACUGCCUGUCGGGCGUAGGAUGGGGUCUCAAGGACGCAUGGGACAGUGAAGGCGAAGAAAGUCCUGAUGAGGAAGAGGUGCCCGAAGAGAGACCGGAACCUGAAGAUCUUAUGAUGGAAGACCGAGAAGAGGGUGACCCUGAUGAAGAAGGGAUUGGCAAUAUGGAGGAUGUCUUCGGGCCUGAUGAUACUUCGGGCGAUAAAGAUGGUGACGAGGAGAUGCAAGAUCUAUGA